AUGUCUGCAUCUGUUUUGUUUACUGCAAACCCUCCAUAUGGAAGUGACUGGCUGAUACAAGGUAACUUCGCUCUUCGCUGAACACAGCUGAGGUGUCUGCAUUAGGUCGUCAACUAGGCUGUUUUUCUUACUCAAUGCUUCUAAAUUCUUCAGAACUUCAGACAGCAGAAUAAACUGAGAGGUUAACCAGCCUUGUACAAGUGAAGGCUCGACGCUCAUAGGGCGGGUGAGUAUAAACGAGCUGAACAGAACAUGUAAACAAAAGUAACUAAUUAGAAGUGACAGGCCAUGUGACAAACUUCGGUGCCUGUUAAGCGUAUUUUGGCUAAUUCUUUAUCUUUUAUGUUAUUUGUACUAUUAUUUGUGGUCGUUUUAAGGAACGUGAAGUAAAGAAAAAGUAUAGUAUUGUUGCUGGCCUAAGAUAACGAUAUUCAAAGACAACAGAUAACACAGCAGUCACAGCUGAGCACUGUUUCUGUUUCCCUUGAAACGACAUGGGGAAUUAAUUAUAUAUGCACAAGCAAUGCACAAGCAGCUGCUACUUGUCUUCAAGCACUGCAUACUCAUGACGAGCAUAAACACCGAAUCGACUUGCCAAUAAAAAUUAUUAAUUAUUUUUUUUUAAAUUAAGAAAACAAUAACAUUGUAGCAGAAAUGUUUAAGCUCAUAUGGUGUGUUGAUGCCAAUGGAUGCAUAUUGCCGAUAGUGGUAAGUCUGUAUGGGAUAGCAUGUAGUUUGUGCAGUAAACUUAUGUGCAUUGUAACAAGAACUAUAUUGUGACAACAGGAGGGCAAUUUCGGUACACAUGCAUGCAUCUGCUGAAUGAUAAUAGCGUGGGCACAUCAAAUCUGAUGGCGGGAAAUGGAAAACUCGUGUUAAGUUACAGUCCUUUUAAAAGUCAUUUUGUUGAUGCUUUGAAUACCAUACUUUCCUACAAGAAAUGUUCUCCUUGAAAAAAAUUGGAUAUUUUCUAAGCGGGUUUUCAGAAGUAGAUUUUUCAGCAGUAGGUUUUCUUGACCUUUUAAAGACUUAAAAGACUCAACACCAAAAAUCACUGUUUGUGUUGUACAUCUGAGUUUCAUGGGCAAAGCAGUGCAUUUUUAUGGUUUGAUUUCCAGACUCAUGGUUUGUUUAUCAAGUAAGAAAUGCAUCGUAGCAAUGUUCAGCUGCUUUAAGAAGAGUGAAAAAGUUUUACUACGCAAGGUUUAUUUAUUAGCCUGAUGUCUCAUGUUAAACUGAUUGCGGAAACAUGCAUUUAUAUGUGCCGCAAAAACAUGAAAUCUAUGUUUUUUUAACAGUUUUUGGAAAGUUUUCAUCAAAAACAUGUAAAAAGAUUAUAAAGGUAAUGAAGAAUGGAAACAGUCUGAGACAGGAAAAAGUACAAGUGAUUAUGUACCAUGUAAUUGAGUAUUUCAUAAAGCUCACUUGCAGACAAUAAAAAUGAACUCCCAAAAAACGAGCAAUACUUUUAUUUUUCUUUUUGUAGAAGAUACAGAGAUUUUCCCUAACCUACUAUAAUUUUUGAAGCUACUCUUGAGUAACAGCUCCGUGUUCCACAAUUGUUUUUUCUUGUCAUUAAUUUGUAUUUGAUGACAGUUGUGAUGCGUCCAAAACAAAGAGUGGCCAUUACUCCAUAUUCUAACUGGCGAUGUAUGUUUGUCUUUAAAGCCUGUCAAAACAUAAGACAUGAAAUAUCUUACAAAUUGGCAUAUGAACAAAUGUAGUAUCCUUUAAAAUGGCAUCAUUUAGGAAUACAUUGCAAAUGCAAAGGAUUUAUUUUAAAGGUGUGUUAAUAACGUUUCAUUUCGUGCCAUUUCAGGGUUGGGGAGUUGGGCUGGAUUGGGCAAUUCCAGAAAAUAUCCAUACCCAACCACGGACGGCUUCCAUGUUUUAUCCCCCCCUUGCCUUCGGAAAUUCCAAAAUGCGUUACCCCCCAAUGCCCUCAGAAUUCCAUAAUCGUGAACCCCCCCCUCCCCUUCAGAAUUUCCGUUUUUUUGGAAGUACAUUUUCAACUUAGCAACACCUACAGGAACAAACGAACAUGACUUUAUGCCUCCUCAAGGCUGUGAUCUAGCGGCGCCAGGCGACAAGCUUUCAGACUCUAACCUACCGAAUUUGGCAAUAAAAAUAAACACCACUAACGGCAAUUUUACUCCUCUUUGUUUUCUUGUGCUGUUUUGACGUUUACAAAGCAAAAUAGCUCAAAUUCAGACCGUUAAAAUCUUUCGGUGGUCAAAUAUACCGUCGAGGCGUGUUGCGUCCUUUUAUACGUCAUGUAGUGUGCACGAAAAGUGUUCUAAUCUGACAGGCGUUCCUUGGAAGCCAGGGACUGGUGCGAUUUUUUUUUACUGUUCAUCGGACGGGAGUAACAAGAAACUUGCAAGCAGUAAGAUACAUAUUCCGUUUUUUUUUUCAUGUGACAAGAAAUUCAUCAAGGUUAAUGUGAAACCCACGUUUUACUGUUCACUUCUAUAACUUAUGAGCGUAAACACGUGUCUGAUCUAUCGAUGCUUGUCUUCUGCUUCGCGGUCAUCGUUCGUGGUUUAUUUCGAACUACCAAAGUCCACAACAAUAAGCGUUUUCAAGGAACUCCUCUACACUUUCUACUCCAGAAAUCCCACCUGUGGAAUUCCACCAUGCCUUCGGAUUUCCAAUGCAAAACACCCCAUGCCCUCAGAAUUCCAUAAUCGUGAACCCCCCCUCCUUCGAAAUCUAAAAAGCCGUCCGUGGUAUGGUAUGGAUAUUUUCUGGAAUCGCCCAUUAUGUUUAAAAUGCUCAAAUGUUAUAUUAAUUUGCAUGAUGAAAUGUAAACAAACAGUGAGCCAUCAAAAUAAGGUGGAAAAAAACUCAAAUCAGAAUUCAAACCAAUUGCUGUAAUUUAUUCCUUUGUAUAACUAAAUAAGACAGUUUUCUUAUUUUCAAAACACAAUCUUACUGGCAUUGGUAUAUGAUUUAAAAUUUAUAGCUGAAGUUCAUGUAUUUUAUCUCUCCACGAAGACGUGCCAAUGAAGAAAGCUGAAGUUACUGCAGAAAGCAAUUUUUUUCAGCCUUCAUCAAACCACCAUUCAUUCACAGAAGUGUUCUUAGUUUUGUUGUAGUUCAAUUUUUUUUCUGGUUUAAUUUUUUUUGAACCAGUUCAAAAUUUUAAACUGGUUUUAUUUUUUUAUACCAGUUUAAUUUUUUCAAAUACGUCACUUUUUUAUUUUACUGAAGGGGAGUUUAUUCUUUGUAAUCCUUAAAUAGUGAAUUAAGUGAUUAAGAUUAAGCACUCGUUUUACUGAUUAGGGUUAAGCAUUCAUUUUACUCAUUAGGGUUAAGCAGUCAUUUAGGGUCAGGGUUAGGGUUAGGUAAGGUUUGGUACCCAAUGCUUUUCCACUCAGUCAAAGAAACAGCACCAGUAUUGGUACACAGUAAUGGCAGGGUUUGCAAAUUUUAUUGAUGAGUGGAGUCACUGUGACUUCUGCUUCACAAAUUUUGGAGUCAUUUUGGAAUAUUUGGAGUCAAGUAUCACAACGAAAAAAGCCAUUUUCAGACUUUCCAGCACGUGGUCUUGGCAUAUGUACACUAUCGUGAUGGAUACACGAAGUAGCUGUGGCGGUCUGCUGACCUGGAAAGCUCAAAUCCAUGAUGGCGGUCAUCGAGUAAACUUUGAUCAUAAUUUACCCUAUUCCUGUUUUGUCGUGCAGUAUAAUUCUUUAAUUUUAAUGAUUUAAUUAAGGUUUACAACGUUUACAGUUAACGUAAAUUGUAUUUGUUGCGAAAAAGGUAAGGGCAAAACUGUUACCGAAAAUUUCUGGAGUCGAAGUGGCUCACUGUUUGUUACCGAAAAUUUCUGGAGUUGAAGUGACUCCCUCCGUAACCUCUGUGGAAAUUUGGCGUAUUUGCGAACCCUGCAGUAAUGGCUUUUUACUUCUUGAACCUCGGUAAUAAGUACUACUUGACAAAUUAUGUAAAUACACUACAUAGCUUUCUUGCACGCUGCAGAAAAAAUGUCAGCUCAGUAGUGUAAUCAAGUUCAAUGUUCUGAGAAGUAGCUGUGCAAGGAUAUAAUCGGUGGGUGAAAUUAAUGUGUUUAUUCUACCAAAUUUGGUCACAACACAUGCAUAGGUGUUUACAAUUUCUUCAACUUUUCCCAGAAGAAGAUUGGAAUGCAGAGGUGAUGUCUUGUCAACAGGGUCAAUUUUUAUAGAGACAAUAGGGCCAUAUAUACGAGGAAAAAUAAGACGCAUCUUAAAUAAAACGUGAACUGUACCAUUUAUACGAGCAUGUCUUAUCUAAUAAAGACGCGUCUUAGCUAACCGCAUCUUAUUUUAAGCGAAAUGUGCCGUUUAUACGGAAAGUUCACGUCUUAUUUUUCCUCGUAUAAAUGGCCCUAAUGUCUCAACUUUAAAUUUUCUAGGUUGGUUUUUUUUUUUGGCCUUGGGUUACCCAGGGUUUUCAACAGUUUUGAAGUAGGAGUUGCGUUUAUUUGAGUAGGAGUUGCAAGGCCGGAUGGCCUUGCUCUCUAGGGGGGUGGGGCAUGCCCCCAGGAAAUUUUGAAUUUCUAGACUCUUGAGACGCAUUUUUCCGCAUUUUGAGGCGCAGAACUAGCAAAUUUUAGAUAUCAAAAUACUGAUAAAUUUUGAUGCUUUUAGUAACUUUAACCACAAUAUUAGGGUACGGUUUAACCACAAUCAGGGUUUUUAUGUGGCAUAUUGUUGUAAGUUAAUAUUUAAUGUUAAGAUUUGGAUUUUAAGGCUUUAGUAUGUUAGUCAUUGUAUAGGAAUUUAUUGUACCUGAUGAUUUUUACCGUGUAUAAAUAAUGAUUAAAGAUUAGAUUAAAGAUUAAAGAUUAGUACAUAAUUUGGGUUGAAAAAAGUAAAAGUGAUUAAGAAACAGCAAAGUUAAUUGAAUUUUCAAUAACCAACAAAAGCUACUUGUGUACUUUGUUCAUGUAGACCCAUGUACUUGGAUAGCUGUUUGUCCAGUCUAGACCGAAGCAUUUUUUCUGGGCCUUCUCUUGAUGCCUAGAAAAGGCUCAAAAACAUACUAAAGCUAUACACGAACUGUUUUAAACUCAAACAAAAUUUACAAUUUUGAAUAUCCUUAUUACUUAUCGAUCACAAACACCGUUCAGGCCUACUUCAUCAUUCAAUUGAAGUGAAAUAUGGUAGUAUCUACAAGUCAAAACAUGGAGAUUCUUUGUCUUCUGAGAAAAAGACUUUUAGUCAGAAAAGUCCUCACUAUCGUCGUCGUCAUCCUCCCAUCCGCUGUCAUGUGCUUCACUGUCGUCCGAUUCGCCAUGCUCUUCAUCUAGGGAGAAGACUUUUGCUACUACUUCUUCUUGUUCUUUCUCCUCAAUUUGAACUAUUUCCUCUUCCAUUUGUGUACCGGCAUCUGCUUGGGUAAUCUUCGGGAAAACAUUACAUUAUUACCUGCAGCAUCCUUUUUCUUUUUCUUGUUUGUCACUGUCAGCGACCACAUCUCCCGUAAACCACGCUGUCGCUUUUCUGCCAUUUUGCCGUGUUCUUGGAGACGAAAUGUGGCGUUUUAUAUAGAGUCGCUUCAGAAACCGCUAACUACAAUGUUCCUGUAACUGAGACCCAGUCUUGACUCGUCCUCAACGUUUACUCAACGUAUUAUGCAGAGAACGUAUUUUAAAAGCAGACUUGAGCAAUGUUUUGGCGAAAUUCUCCAGAAGAAUUUCAAGUUUGCUUGCUCGCAACAGCUUUGUGAACACUUACCACUUUUUAUCAAAAGUUCUAUUUAUCAUAUAAUUUACCUAAGGGAAAGUAGGCGUGGCAAAUCAAAAAGUUGUCGUCGGAUGCGACGGCCGAUGGCUGAUUUUGAAAACUCUGUUACCAUUUUGUUGUUGUACUUUUCUUGAUUUUCAGUUAUUUUUUGUCGUUUUCUGGAUUGUUCCUCGUGAUGUUCACAUUCUCUAUGGCUUUUAAUACCAUAAACAGCCUCAUAUGGCGUCAUCUUUAUUGCUCGAUGGUAGCUUAUGUUUCUAGUAUAAGCUGCUUCUGAUGCUUUUCACACCAUUUUGAACACUUGUGGAAGAGGUGCUCAUUAUUAAUGCUCUCAUAAUUUAUCCUCUUUCCAAGUUCGAUUUGAUCUUUCAUCCAAACCUUGAAUGGUUGGUGUUGCUUCCAUCUUUUUGUUUGCGAAUUCUUUACCAUUGUCGGUUAGGAUUUUUUUCGGAAAGCCAUAGGUGUAGCAGUAGGGUUUGAAUCUGGUAAGUACUUCAUCGGCAGACUUGGCCUUCAGAGGUGUUAUGUAAACAUACUUAGUAUGAUGAUCAGUUAUGUUCAUGGCCCAUGUGUGCUUCUCAGUACAAUCAGAAGGACAGUUACGGAAGUCCAUUAAAUCUAUCUCUAGGAGAGAUAGAAAUGUCGGAGAUUGAAUAGGUUUAUCAACAAGCUUAACACGGCUAGUUACUGACUGCGGCUCCGCAUGAAUUGGGCACGGGCCAGCAAAUAUGGCUACCACCUUCACAUUGACUUUGGAAUAGUUGUUACUGAUCCAUUUAGAAGUAAUUUGUCGACCACGAUGAGCAGUGCGAUCGUGAGCGAGGGACAACACGUUGUGAAUGUCCCUUUUAGGGACCACCUUUCUCUUGUUUUGUGUUAUUAUUGAGUUGUCUGAAUAAGCCAUGACUGUUGAUUUUUCCCACUUCGACAGCAUGUUUUCGUCGGAUUGAAUUCCAAGCUGCAUCUUGGUCUGGUAUUUAAGAUAGGCUUUUGUUUUAUCGAAGAAUGAAUCCUUGAUAAAAAGCGUUAUCUGUGAUUCGUUUUUGGUCUGUUUGUUUUUCAAGGCAUCCAACUGUUCGUAAAAGAUUUGUCUCUGUACACACGGUACAUGUACAUGAGGUUCAGCCAUGUUUGAGCUCUAAGUCCCCUCUAAACCAAAUGCGCAUGUUUUUUACUGUAUGAAUAUUUCAAGAACAAAUUUGGCCGAGUGAAGGGGAGUCUGGGGCUAAUUACUUAUAAUACCAACAAAUAUUCGUCGCUCUCCAACGAAUUCUACCGUGGUCUAAUGGAGAGAACGGAUGGCAACAGAUCUGGAGGUUGGUGGUGCAAAUCCUGGUAAGAACAAUAUCAAGGUGAAUAAAUAAGUAGUGUAGAGGCAGAGUGGUAAAUAAAUCAGGGGGGGUAAAUGAAAGAUCCUGUGGGGUAGUAGGCUAGGAUAAAAGACUAAGAGGAGAUGUGUAGAUGAUAAAUUGCAGGAAAAGUUCCAUCCUUAUCUCUCUUCUCUUUUAUCUUGCAUCUAAUUCUUUUCAGAACCCCCUUAAAAGCCAAGCCCCAAUUUUUCAUCCACACCCCAAAAAGAAAAGGCCCUUUUGAGACAGUUGAUUAAAAACUGGUUAACAAAAAUUAAACUGGUCAAAAAAAAUUGAGCUGGUUUGUAAAAAAAAAAAUAAAGCAGAGGUUAAAAUUGAACUACAACAGUUUCAUUAAUUAUUAACUUAAUGUGGGAGAAAGGGGUCAAUUAUCAUUCUGACUGUAAUAUAUCGAACGCAUACGUGGAGAUGUGAUCAUUGUUGAUCCGCAAAUGAGUCGAUCCUGUAGCAUAUCAUUGAGUGUUCCUCCAUGACGAACUCCACGACACUUUCCCCUCCAAGACAAUUUCUCUUAAAUCGCUGUACAGUGACACUUGGCUUAGGCGAAAAAAGAUUUUCCAACGUUUUGCAGAUGACUUGCACUGUAAUGCACUGUAGCCGGUUUUUUUGGUUUGCAAGAGAUCUCAAAUGAGGCCGUAUGUUUUGCUCCCAUAUAUGCUGAGUAAGAUUGCUCGCUGUUGCUUGUCAUCUUCAAUUUUGUUUGCCAGAAAGUAUUGCUCAAGUCUCUCUGGGUAAUGAGUCCAUGAUUCCACUGACUCAUUGAACUUUCCCAUGUUCCUGUAGGUUGCCGUUAAGGUGAUUUUUACAAAUCCUCAUCGCUAAUGUAUUACAUGUAUAUUGAACACAUGGAGAUGUGACUACAUGCUACUUCAAUGCUCAUCAAGAAACUGAACUUAAAAUCUUACAUGUGUGAUUGCAUAACCACGGUGUUUGAUUUCCACAACUACAUAUAUAACUGAACCUGUAUUACAUAACACUGACCUUUUCCUGAUGCUCAAAAAAUGUGCGCAAAAUGUUGGGUCGUAACAAAAUGCAACCAUCUUAUCUUUGAUCUACUGUCUUUCAAAAGGGAAAAGGGCGACAACAAGACUACAAUAAACUCACUCUUCAGACUAUAAUGGUAGGUCUUCCAAAUCAAUUGUAAGACAUUGUACGCAUCAUCGACAGACUUGCAACUGUUUUGCAGCUGCAACAAGGCCAGCUCGAGUACUUUCAAAUCUUGUGUUUUUUUUAGCUGGAACAGUGGAUGCCUUGGGUUUGAAUAACAAAGUGAGUGUCCCUUGGUGUUUUUGUUGAGGAGUGAUACUUUUUCUGAUAGAAGGGCAAUCCUUCUUGUUACUAGCUAAUGGCUCUGCCCUGACUACGGGUACAAAGUGGUUUGCUGUAUACAGGUUGCAGUCCUGUUGUCCAAAUUACCAUCCCUUGACCAAAGAAUGGUUAUGGCUUCCUUGUUGGGCAUGACAGAGUUAUCUGAAGUGCUAGGGUUGAUAAUUUGGUUCACCCAACAGUGGUAUUUAAACUGGAUGGUAGAGUACAUCAAGAUUAUUGGUUUGGACAGAACAGAGCCCAUACCCAUGAUGUGAACAAGGGAAAACCGUUGUCUGAUCUCACCCACUACUAAAGCUUCCUUUGUCUUAGAAAAUUUGCGAUCACCUCUCCUUGUUAAAGCAACAGAAAAUAGGACAUCUGGUUUUCAUUAAAAAUCAAGACAACGAACAAGAUAUUGUUACACUCCUGUUUUAGCAAAAAGUGAGGCAAAGUGUUCACUGCUAGCCCUUAUAUUUUGUAAUAGCCAAGGUGAAAACUCAUUGCAAAAUUGCAACUCCUCCCUAUGUUUUAGUCGCAAAUGGAAGAAAUUAAGUCACAAAUGCGAUUGUUUUGGUUGCAGUUUUGAGCCCUGUGAUGGCACAUUUACUUGGGUGUCAGUUAGCUGACUGUUUUGAAUGGGUUUUGAUGCCCUUUCUUUGGCUGUCUGCCCUUUUUACAGAAGUGUUUAUGGAUUGUUUGUGAUUUCUGUUUUGGAAUGCAUCUACUGGUUUUGUGUAGAGUGUACUGUUCAUCCUGUUUAUUUUUAGAGUUUUGAUUACAUGUGUUGAAAUGGUGUUUUUUAUACACAUGUAUCGGAAAUCUGUUUUUGCAAAUUGGCUAGUUGUGCAUUGUUGUGGUUUACAAUGUGGCUCGCUGUGUGUGUUUAGUCGAGAGGUUUCUCAUUUACAUGCGUAUUUCUAUAAAUAAAUUAUUGUCUUUAUUCACCACAAGAUAUGUCACAUAAUUGCUGCCCACACAGUGAAGCUACCUAUUUUUUUCUUGAAAGCAUCUGAGAAUUCGAUUUGCUAGAAAGUUUGUUGGGAUGUUUAUUUUGCUGUUUCAGUUACCAGUUCCCAGUCCCCGCAGCAUAGCACUCCAUGCAGCAAAGUAUAAUGACGACCAAAAUUUUAUUUGAGAAUCUUGUAAGCGCUAAGAAAGUAAAAGUCUAUAAUUUGUUCUAAACACACUUUAAAAGGAAAUUGCAGUAAACUUGUUGUAGUGUUUGUUAGCAGGCUUCAAUCUACGACCUCUUGGUUAGACAUUUGUGAGUGUUAUGUAUGUGGUUGAACUCCAAAGUCAAAUGCGAGUACCAGGGACACAUAUUUUCUGCAUUGCAGCCGGUAAGUUACUCAUUUGCGUGUCAUGUUAGUUUUAAAGUUAAGCAUUUUGGAAAGGUGGUGAAGGCUUAAGGGAGGAUUUGAGGGGAAGAUUAUGUUCUUUCAUGUGUUUCACAGCACUGUCAUUCCACAAGCCCAACCAGUUAUCAGGUAUGGAUCAUGAACCAGGGUUUUCAUGAAGAAUUCUAGUAGCAAUAUUAAGGUGUGAUGUUACAGGAGAAUAUUUUGAAAUACGCUCCUCAUCUGAAUAAAAAUAGUCACAGUCUACUGAACGUUUGUCAGAGAAUUUUUCAUAGUAAACGGAGAAUUCUCUGAUCUCCGAUGCCUAAUGAACACCCUGUGAACACAAUCGAUGAAAUUGUUGCUUAGUUUUGUUGUACAUGCAAAACAAAAACAGAAUCCAUUACCUCUCCACACCUCUUCCAAACACUUAGAUCACUUUCUAUGCCCACACAUCAGGGGAACUACGCAUUGGAACAGCUGCUGCCAAUGUUUGAGGACCUCUACAGCAAUAAUAAUCUUGUUGGAAAUGUUGAAAAUUCCUUUGUGGUCUUUUACAUUAUUAUUUUAUGAUUUGUUCUGUGAGGGUUAAAUAAUGAAAGAUGUGUGGUUCCAAAAAUCAUUCAGACCGUGUACAUAUUUAUGGUACCAAACAAUAUCAAUAAAAUCUUACUAAUGUUAAAUAUUGAACAUUAUUGUCUUCAGAAUGUUAUCCGAUCUCUUUUAGGGAGAAAUUAUUGGAAGAAUAACCAAAAAGUGAAGAGGUUCUUACAACAACAAUCAACAGUUCUUAAUGAAAUAUGAUGUUGUUAAUGAAGAGCUAGAUAUCACAAAAUACAGCUAACAGAACAACCAGGCAGUCAUUAAAAUGUUGCCUUUGUCAAAAGGUCAUGGUUGGUGCAUGGCUUUGCAGCUCUUAUUUGAGCAGAAUUUAACCUUAAUAUUAACUGGUAGAAAAAUACAUGGAGUGAUAAUGUAUGAGGAAUCCUGUUGUCCUUGACCAGGAUGCAUUCUGCAAUCUGAAAGAGGACUCCCUCUGUGCCUGACAGCAUAAAACAGCAAAGAACAUGUUUCAAGCUUCAGCAGGCAGAGAGCAUAAUUAUCUAGAGGUACCGGGUACGGAAUUACCAUCCUCAUGUUAAGUCUAAUUGUUGAUCCUGUACUCACACUAACUUUUUGCUCAGCAGUAACUGUUGUGGAUGAACAUGUGGCUGUACAUCUUCAUCUACAUCUACACGUAUAUCUACACAUAUUAGGCCAGUAAAAAUCGCUAAGACAUCACACCAACCAUAAAAUAAUAUACAAUAGUGAUAUAAAAUUAAAUAAGAAUAACUAUGUAACCAUUGCUUUGAUUUACAAGACUCUAACGAAACUGAUGAUUCAAUAGCCUCUGGGAGGCUGGUCCAGACCAACGUCCAAAAAAGUGAAAAUAUAAAAAUGUCCUUAUUGGAUUCACCAGAUGCUGAUAGAGGUGCAGUGUUAACUGGACCUGAAACAUGACAUUUUCAGCACACAAAAAAGAAUAUAAAAGAGGCAAAUGGUUCACAACUUCAUCUUUUUGCUGUUACCUCUUUUCUUUAAACAGCUUCUGUUUGUGCAGGUGAACUGUCUAUCACGCUUCUGAACAUGACAAUACCCAGUGGGGCUAGAUAGGCCCUGGAAAUCACUGUGAUAUAUGGCAUAGCAGCAUUGAGAAUUUUUGAACAACAUAUUUGAAAUCUUCAGGUGGUUGAAGUGCAUCCAACAACAUUUUUUGAGGGGAGUCAUCACUGUUGUAACUCUUGAUGUCUUCUUCUUGUAAGUUCUUGGCCGAAGUUGGCAAGGAACAUGACUCUACCACAUUGUAAUGUUCACAAGAAAAGGGAACACAACUAGCAACAUGAACUGCCCUCUUUUUGUUGCAUUUUUGGAGUGACAAACAAAAUCUGAGCUUGACUACACACAAACACUCUAUUGUGUUUGGAUUUGAUUUCAACAGAAAAUAACUUGAGUUGGGAUGAUUCAACUACAAGGACACACUUUGGCGAGUCUGUGUCUAAUUUUGGCUUAUUUACUUUCCGCACGUGUUCCCUCCUAAUUGCAAAACCCCAAAUCGGACAAGUUUUCGGCUUCGAUACAUUGGAAUAGGUGUAACCACUGGGGCACUGCCCAGUACCUUCUGAUGUCCACUUCGAUGGGUUCUCCUAACAAAUAAAAAUUGUACAUUAUUACGAGCAUCAAAACCGUCAACAAUGCAUAUGUAUGUAUGUGUAUAUUUAUGUUUAUCAGCAAGUGCAAUGUAGACUACUCAAUAUGAGCACAUAUGGGUUCAAUAUAGUUCUGCUCUUAGAUCAACAAAAAGUUGCUCCACUCCGCAGUUAAUCUCCGUGCAUACUGAAAGAUCAUUAAGGUUACACCAGCAACAUAAUCUUGCAACAUCAUUACUUAAUACCAUUGGAAUGGCAGUUGCAAAUUCAAAAACAAAAAUAAGUGUGUGCAUCAUUAUGCAAUUACAAUAUGUUUAUGUAUACACACACUGUAUUACUCAAGAGUUAAGGCUAAGAGCACAAAGGAGAUUGAGAAACAGCCUGCUAUACUGUCAGAUAAAGACUAAAAGUAAAGUGCUACCGGAAGUUUCAAGAAUGGGCCCAAAAAGAGCCAGCCAAUAAGAUAAUUGGUACAAUCGUUACCGGAGGUUUUUAUCAAACCAAUCAGGGAGCAGCUCUGGAAGGGCACUGCAUUACCGCAUAAUUUGCCUUGGCAACGAGGCGAAUGAAAUAAGUGAAUUGCUUACUGAGGUGGGAAAACUGAAUCAAGCUUUUCCUGUUCAUUUAAAAAUAUUUAUUUGUAUUCAUCUCAUGAAGUAAAAGAAAGAGUACAUAUGAAUGAGUGGAUAUAAGGUUAUUUCAUAAUUCCCCAUUUUGUAGUUGGUGGUCGUCCUCACAGGUGAAAGGUUGUGCAAAGUGGAUGGAGUUCCAGUGGUGUGCCUUUUUAAAAUUAUGCAGAUCGUGGCUUUUUAAAAGUUCUUUGGUGUUAACUUUCUCUGAGGUAUAUUUAUGCUUGUGGUAGGGAUGCAGAAAACAUUGAAUACUGUUUAAAUUUGCCCCUGAUGAACCAUAAACUGAUAGUCAUUGACUUAAAGGGAACCUCCACUCUUACUACAGAAUAAGUUUAAAUCGAAUAAAAUUAUGUUGACAAACAAAUUUGUUCGAAAUUUGUCUUAAAAAAAGUGUUUAUAUCAGGAAAAGUGAAUUUUAAAAUCGCUUAUUUUCACUUUCAAAUUUCGCGGGCGCCGCCAUCUUGACUAAUUGUGACGUGUAAUGGUUGCUCUGUUGUUCUGACACAAAGAGCUUUUGUUUAAUAACAAUAGGGCAACCAUUACACGUCACAAUUAUUCAAGAUGGCGACGCCCGCAAAAUUUGAAAACAAAAAUAGGCGAAUCUAAAAGUUAUUUCUUUCGGAUACAAACGCUUUCUUUAAAAAUAUUUUAGAUUGACUUGACUGUAACAUUUAUUUCCUGUGAUUUAAAGUUAUCUUUUUGUUGAAGUGGAGGUUCCCUUUAAAUUAGGUAUAACAUUUGUCUGGAGUAGGUGUUCUAUCUAGUGUUGAUUGUAGCCUUCCUUUCUUAGUGACCUUAUAAUAUAUAGGCAUUUUAUUUUUUAUCACUUACUUUUCUUGCACAUGGUUAUCUGGAAACAUCUUGGAGUGUAACACCUAAAUUAAGCCUUGCUUCUUGAAUAUUAUAUAUUACUAGUAGUGCAAGUUUAGGCCUGUAGUUUAUUUUUCUGUCCCUCAUUCCUGUGUUUUUGAUAGCGAGUUAAGGCGUCAAAAAGGUGUUGUUCAGCCUCUUGAUUGAUCUCCUUAAUUUCUUUUUCGAAAAUGCUGUAUAUCAAAACAUUUGGUUUCGACUAUAAGGCAAAGACAAAGUCAUAUUUGUUAAAUGUUCCUCUGACAGUUUUAUAGAGUUAUCAGUCUUUUCUAAUAAUUAUUUGUCUUUUACUGUCUUGUGGCUCUUGUGUUUUCUCUUUUGACCUUGCUUCUGCAAGUUAGGUUUUGGUGGACUGUUGACCCUCGGUCCCUUUAACGGGCUGUUGUCGCUGCAUUCUCUUGGUGGUGGUGAUGAGCUGUUCUUUUAUAUCAUUUCCUUAUUCAGAAAGAGAGUUUUACAACUCAUGGUCAUUUUUGGACGUUUGGACUGUAAUCUGGCGUUUUAGAAUGCACCAUGUAACUCAUUCUGACUGGGCUGAAAACGUAGUGCCAUUGAGUCAUCAAACAUGACUGCAACAGUAUAAAGGCUACAACAGGAUCAACAGUUUUGACUUGAGAGUCUCUUCAACUUCCUGUUGAAAACAGGAGUAGCAUCGCAUGAGGGAAGGGUAGAUUUGCCUUCUCAAAUGAAAUUGAAAUUGUGGCUUAGUUUUGUUGUACAUGCAGAAACAAAAACAAAAUCCAUUACCUCUCCACACCUCUUCCAAACACUUAGCUCACUUUCUAUGCCCACAUCAGAGGAACUCCACGUUGGAACAGCUGCUGCCAAUGUUUGAGGACCUCUACAGCAAUAACAAUCUUGUUGCAAAUAUUGGAAAUUCCUUUGUGGUCUUUACAUUAUUAUUUUAUGAUUUGUACUGUGAGAGUUAUGUAAUGAAAGAUGUGUGGUUCCAAAAAUCAUUCAGAUCGUAUACAUAUUUCUGGUACCGAACAAUAUUAAUAAAAUCUUACUAAUGUUAAGUAUUAAACAUUACUGUCUUCACAAUGUUAUCCGAUCUCUUUUAGAGAGAAAUUAUUGUUGGAAGAAUAACCAAAAAGUGAAGAGGUACUUACAACAACAAUCAACAGUUCUUGGAAGAUAAUGAAGAGCUAGAUAUCACAAAUGCAGCUAACAACACAACCAGGCAGUCACUAGAACGUUACCUUUGUCAAAAGGCCAUGGUUGGUGCAUGGCUUUGCAGCUCUUAUUUGAUCAUAGUUUAACCUUAAUAUGAACUGGAAGGAAAAUGCAUGGAGUGAGAAUGUAUGAGGAAUCCUGUUGUCCUUGACCAGGAUCUACAUAAUUAUCUUAAGGUACUGGGUACGUAAUUACCAUCCUCAUGUUAAGUCUAAUUGUUGAUCCUCUACUCACACUAACUUCUAGCUCAGCGGUUACUGUUGUGGAUGAACAUGUGGCUGUACAUCUAUAUCUACAUCUACAUUUACAUCUACAUACAUAAGGUCAGUAAAAAUCGCGAAGACAUCACACCAACCGUAAAAUAAUAUACAAUAAUGAUAUAAAAUUAAAUAAGAAUAACUAUGUAACCAUUGCUUAGAUGUAAAAGACUCUAAUGAAGAUGAUGAUUCAAUGGCCUCAGGGAGGCUGUUCCAGACCAACAUCCGAAAAUGCAAAAAUAUAAAAAUGUCAUUAUUGGAUUCACCAGAUGCUGAUAGAGGUGCAGCGUUAACUGGAUCUGAGUCAGCUGACAUUUUCAGCACACAAAAAAGAGUAUGAAGAAGGGGGCAAAUGGUUCACAACUUCAUCUGUUUGCUGUUACCACUUUUCUUUAAACAGCUUCUGUUUGUGCUACCGAACUGUCUAUCAUGCUUCUGAACAUGACAAUACCCUGUGGGGAUAGAUGGUCCCUGGGAGUCACUGAGAAUAUGGCAUAGCAGCUUUGAGAAUUUUAAACAACAUGCCUGAAAUCUUCAGGUGGUUGAAGUGCUUCCAACAACAUUCUUUGAGUGGAGUUAUCACUGUUGUAACUCUUUAUGUCUUCUUCUUGUAAGUUCUUGGCCGAAGUUGGCAAGGAACAUGACUUUACCACAUUGUAAUGUUCACAAGAAAAAGGAACACCACUAGCGACAUGAACUGCCCUCUUUUCUUUGCAGUUCUCUGGAAAACAGGAGUAGCAUCGCAUGAGGGAAGGGUAGAUUUGCCUUCUCAAUUCUGUUCCCAUUUAAAAGUUGUUUGGUGAUUUUUUUAUGGUUUAGUUUCUGUGGUCCAGGAUCAAGUUUGCAGUUUUCUCUUUCUAUUGGUCCUUCUCUAAAGGUACAUUGUGUAUAACAACCAAUCAUGUGUGUGUAUUUUAGAUCCUACUCUUUUAAAAGGCGAGCUUGUGUUUUUGAGCUAACAGCCACUGCAAUUGGGUAAUCAAAAAUGAUGAAUUCCACUAUGUCAACCUGAUAUAUACAGGCAUCUAUUAGUGAUCGAUCUAAACAUAAUGUGCCUAGAAGCUUUAAGUUGUUUUAAUUCCCUGCUAUACAGAGCAAUUUUGGUCGUCAAAACAUCACUUUUGUUCUCCGCACUCAGGCAAUACAGUUUUUUUUUCUUAAAUUGUACUUUUUACAAACAGUUAAGUCAAUGAUGCUGUUAACUUCUCACAUAGCCUCAGUUGUAAAAUUAAAUAAUAAUCUAGCUUGAGUUACAGAACUAGGAGUCCAAACUUUAUAAUCUCUCCAAGCGAUUAUGGUUACAUGAGCCCUCUAGGUUAUAUGCCCACCUAGAGCAAUAUUCAAGUCAUUUCAAAUGAGAAGCAAGGUUAUUAUGUGUGCCUCUGUUUCUAUACCAUUCCUUUUCAAGAUGGCAUCAAAGGCGAAUCCCUGUCUAAGCCUCAUAAUAGUCUCCGUUUAGGUGCUGAUACUUGUGUCUAAUACUUUCAAAAACCCCGGACACUGUGGCAAAAGUGACAGUCUAAAACUGUUAAAGUCUCUGCUAGUUUCCCUCAUUCCCGGCGUAUGGGAGUGUGGGGCUUUCCACUGACUAGUGCAUAAUAGGAAAAAAAGUGCAAGUGGUAACAAACAAACAGUAAGAGUAACAUAUUAUUUGAGGUGAUGUAAUCAGUGCUCUCCAAGUUAGUGCCUCCCUCAAUAAUGUAAAGAGUUAACAACAACAGUGUAAACAUACCAUUCAAUACAGAACAGUACAGUACAGUAAGUUUAUUUACAUGUCCCAGUGGGGGCAUUUGAUAUUUAUGAUUAGUUGUAAAAAGCAGAAAAAGCCUAAUUACAAUACCCAAAGUACUGAAAUCUUCUAAGAUGAAUUGAAAUAAUUUACAUAAUCUUGAAAAUAUGACACCCAAGCAAAGUAACAAUGCCUAAAAUUCCCUAUGGGCCCUGUGGUGUGUACUUUGCAAAUCUUAUGUAAUAAGCGGUUACACAAUAAGCUUUCUGGGCCUUCCAUUUCUUUCUCAAAAGUUUCUUUCACCUUGUCUAUAUGAAUUUUUCUAGAUUAUUAUUUGUGCUGUUUGUUUUAUAUUUUGAUUGUCAUAUGCAUGCUUUUGCAAUGCUGUACAAUGAUGUGGUCAUGCAAAUAAAGCAGUUUAUUACUAUUACAUGAGGGUGAUGCCAUGCGUGUUUUCCCUGAGGGAAAAGUUGCCUUUCUAAACGUUCAGACCGCUGAAAGCGGAGAAUUGAGUCAUCAGUAUAAUUGUUGUCUAGUUCUUCAUCCCUUCUGAUGUACCCUGUAGAAGAAAGAAAUCGUACCUGGGGUCCUCAUCAGAAGCCAUAGCUACAGUACUCCCCUUCACAGCAAGGUCAGCUAUGUGUGCUGCAGUGUCUUGGACAAGAAUGGGUGUUUCUGCUGCUUGUCUUGCAGCUGCCACUGAACCAUCUCUACAGAUUGACAUUUUCUUCCAGUCAUCCAGCCAAGCUUUGUUAAUACAGCUUUCCUCAACUUCAACAAUACAACUCACACAGUACCAGAAUCAUUGCCUUGCCAAAAACGUUUCUUGCUCUGGUAAAGACUUGUACAGAAUGCAACUUCCUUAUCCCUUUAGCUUACUUGAAUUUCCUUUUGUGCCUUUUCCUGCCAACUGCACCUUACAUACAUACAUACAUUUACUUUAUAGGUCUACACAGGGCUUUUCAGUGAAAUAUAUAACAAAAUAGAACAACGUGAAAUAAAGCAAAACACGCGUGUCCAAAAAUUAAAGUACCGAUUAUUUGAGAGCAAUGGUCAGGAAAUAUUGAGUAUUGAGUGGCAAGAGUUGAAAAAUCUAUUUCCUUCGCUUUUUGUCCAUAAAAAGCUUUUAGGUACAAUGAGGGACAAAAGUGUUGAGACACUUCCGUAAAAUGGCCCCUUUUUGUAUAGUGGACAUACUUACCCCCUUCCCCUGUCUACCCCAACCCCUUCCCCCAAAAAUCAAUGUUGUAUUUUGGACCCUCAAGUCUUUCUUUUAGUUGAGACGACGUUGAUUCGAGGGGGGGGGGGGUGAGGGGAUUUACGGCGUUUAAAAGGGAUGGAAUAAUAAAUGAAUUAAAUGUUUGAUAAAAGCACCCAUUUUAAACAAGUGUGUCAACUUCUUUUGUCCCUGAUUGUCUGAACAAUAUUCCAGGUGGUAUAUAUGAAAUUUGGAAGGAAUUUUAUAGUCAAAAGUUGAGAGACCAGUAUUCUUUGUUUCCAUUUUUAGAAGUAGGGUAUGGCAGGUACCUUAUUGUGUGCCUGUUUUGAAAACGAGUCGGAGGUGGGGGCAGGUAGGGAAACACCAUGGUGUGAUAUAUCAUACAAAGAGUCGUGUCCUUUCAUUAUAUUAUUAUUAUCUAUUGUUUGUUAUGUCUUAAAAACAUCCUUGUCAAUGCAAAAGGGAGUGAUUUAAAUUCACGGUCUGAGAAUGUCUGGUUUUCAUGCCUGAAAUCUAGUUAUUGUACCCAAAGGGCUAAAAGUGGGUGGGGAGGGGGCAUGUGAUUCGAAAUUCAUUCCCAGGCUUAGCGCAUUAUUCUAACGGUCUUUGUCGGGAGCGUGAUAUUCGCCAUCGCAGAGUAAAAAUGGAAUGUCUGCAAGCUGGGAGACAACGCGUUGUGUAUUUAAUUACCUAUAGUCGAGCUGAUGUUGUUAAGUUUCCUUCUAAAGAAAGUUUUUCCAAUGCUGUAUUACAAGCUUGGCAGAGUUUUGGCGUUAGAGUUGUACAGUGGGUAACGUGUAUUGAAGCUCAUCACAACACAGAUAAUGCCGAAACUGUGUGGGAGAUGAAUCUAUACCAUUAUCACAUGGCUAUCAAACUGGAAAUUUCAAGUACGAAAGUAUUUAGACGAGAACUUCGGGAUAAAGGUGAACUUCAGCGAUAA